AAAUAAAAAAACUUUCUCUUUGUGUGUGACAGAUGUGGUUGGUUUUCGACGGAAUUUUACGAUUAUUUAAUUCUAAUUUAAUACGUACAGCAGUGAUUUAGUGAUAAAUUCUUAUUAGAAUUUCAACAAACAAUGGGUGACGCUUGCCAAAAAUGUAUGACGAGGGUUCCUCAUGCUACCCUCAUCGCGACUAUUAUGUGUUGUUUGGGCGUAGGGGUUUUUUGUGGCACCAUGUAUCGAGGGUCUUCUCUCUCCAUACUCAUGUUUGAUGAAGUAUUCCACUUCCGUUUGAUAUGGAUCGAGGCUCUGCAAAUGAUAUUUAUAGUUGGAAGCGCUUGCAUGGCAGCCCUUGGAUUCAUGCUAUUGUGUUUGGGUUGCCUAACAACAGGUGCCACAAGACAGAGAGUGUACCGAGUUUGGAGAGCAAGAGUCGGCGGACGGAUAUCAUGCGCUGUCUUCAUGAUAAUUACUUACAUUCUGACGUUUACUUGGAUUAUUUUACUAGGUUUCCUAGUAAUAACGACAUUCCUCUUCACUGUCUUCUGGAAAUUGUGUUCCAAACCAGACAAUAUAAAGUUAUUGACAUGCAUCGACUUCACCCAGUUUGACUUCCUAUUUCCGUCUACUGUGAAACAAGAGGAUAUGAGGAUUUGUGAAGCUCAAAGAAUGAAACUGUUCUGUAAAGAUUAUGUUGAAAAGGCAGAAUUCAUGUUUAUUCUGGCGAUGGUUUCAUGCAUACUGGUGAUACUGAGCUUGGUACAUUACCUGAUGUGCUUGUCAGCAAAUUACGCACAUAUUCGAGACCACGAGAAGUUCCAGGAGCUGCAAGAGCUCCAGUACCUCACCAACCCGGACCUGCACGCCUCUAAAGAUCGUUUCUAGUAUAUGGCCCGCGCACCUCUACUGCGCUCCCUCGAGGCCACAACUAAAAUGUGACACAAUGAGAAACAGUUCAGAUCAAUGACCAAGUAGAAGUGUUCACUGACAAAUUCAAACCCCAAAAGACUGAUGCCCAGUGUAUGGGCUAUUUCAAACCUAGUUAAGAUUGGAUACUACUUUGUACACAAACAUAUCUAAGUUUUUUUACAUUUGUAUUUUAUGUAAGGCAGCAACAAAUUUUUUUUUGAUAGUGUGACUUGUAUAUGACCUCUUUUCUACAGUUUUCUUUGUAGUCCUAAAAGUAAAUGACUGUAGCAGUAUUAAAAAUAUGUUUAUUUCUUGAAUUUACAUAAAGUGUUCAUUUUUAACAUUCCCUUAGAUUGUAAUUGAUAUAUUGACAAUUGGCCGAGAAUUUAUGUUUAAUAGGUGCUUAUCAAAUUAUUUUGUGACUGUUAGUUUAUUUUCAUAAUGUUAGUAACUUGUAUUGUUAGAAUAAAUUGGUUAUUCCCAGUUCUUAAAUAAAUGUAAUUAUGUAAGUGCUCAUGACUAAAUAUGUGUCAUGUGUAGGAAGUAUGAUUCACCAUCGUAUAAUCACAAAAUAUAACAGAAGACAAACUCCAUACUAAACGCGCUCGAGCCACGCACACAUAGACACCGCUCUAGCAAGACUGUCUUGGACGAAUGCGAGCGCGACGUGGCGCGAGCGCGACAGACGUUCGCCACACGUUCGCUGUGGUUCGCUUGAGUCACGCGCCGGUCAACCGCCUGUGAUAUUAUUUUGUUUUGCGAAAUUGACGAAAAUGAGUAUUAUAAGUCGUAUUAUAAUUGUUCGGUAUUUGGUUGCUUAAACUCAUCAUUAAAUACCGAAUUUUCAUUUUUUAAAUUACCAGUUGAUUCGGGGAGGUAAGUAAGUUAUUUAUUUGAAUUUCAAUUGAAAUUGAAAGCCAACUCAAUUAUUAGGAAUAUCGAAUUGUUUUAGAGAGGUUUUAUGAAUUAUUGGAUAACUAGCUUUUGCCCGCGUGAAAUUCAGUUUGUCACAGAUCGUCAUAAAUUAUAGCCUAUAUGUUAUUCUGGGUUAUAAACAAUAAUACUGUAAAGUUACAUCAAAAUCCGUUCAGUAGUUUUUGCGUGAAAGAGCAACAAACAUCCAGACAUCCAAACUUUUGCAUUUAUAAUAUUAGUUGGAUAAAGUGUCAACCACUCAACUAAAUACUACUUCCUUCUCGUGUAUUUGUUUGUAAACUAUUACUAUAAUAACGUACUAAAUAUAAAUAAGUAUACGUGGAUAUCUGUUAUUGUCUUUCUUGCAUAGUAUUAAGAGUAACAUUUUUCUAUCAUAACGAAAUAAACGCAACACAUGACAAGACAACCCUAGCGCGACGGCCGAGCGUGCGAGCGAGAGAGGUAUGCAAAGCGAGGUACAUACAUGAGUUUACCUUCUGUUAUAUUUUGUGGUAUAAUCCUGUCCUGGUACUUUAAUUUCAAUUUGUGUGUAGUUACAUCAUUUGAGACUUAUAAAGCUGUUGUUAGUUUAACAUAUUUAUUAUUUAGAAUGUUUAAUGAACCAUGUAACUUGCUGAUUUUGUUAAUUUGCCCUGAAACUGAUUUAUCGUCAAAUUUUGCUAUUUCAUCAAAAUCUGAUUAAUGUUCAAAUUACAGUACAAUUGUAAAUCAGUAGAUAAUUUUGUAACCAGUUAAUUAGUGAUAUAAAAUAAAUGUUUACUUAGUAAAAUAUUUUGUAGCAAUAUGUAACUUAAAUCAUAUUGUUUUGCAUUUAUGAUUCAUUUUUGAGAACACAAAUUAUUUAUAAGUUACAAGAAUGCACACUUAGUAACAGACUGAUUUAAUUUUGACUGUCUUGACUUGAUUUGAUACUUGUGUAUCAUUUUCAUUUCCAAUCAUUAAAUAAUAAAUUAAUUAUAGUAAUAAAAGAAAGUGUAUUUAAUCAUUAAAGUAGGUUACUGAUUUAAUUCAUAAUUAUAUGUAUUGCUGCACAUUUUAAGUAAUCUUUAAGAGUAAGAAGUAUGUUUAGUAAUAUUUAAGGUAAGAUUUUUUAUUAAAUAAAUGUUAAUUUUUAUUA